GGAGCCGGAGCCGGAGUCGCCGGAGCGGAUGGGAGGCUGUCGCACUGGGACCUGGGAGCCUUCGCGCUGCCCGCCAUUCGCCUCUGAGGAACCUAGAAGGAUUGUGCGAUGAAUGGUGACACUCGGGCUGCAGUGGUGACCUCACCACCCCCGACCACAGCCCCUCACAAACAGAGGUAUUUCGACAGAGUGGAUGAGAACAAUCCAGAAUACUUGAGAGCGAGGAACAUGGCACCAGACCUUCGCCAGGACUUCAACAUGAUGGAGCAAAAAAAGAGGGUGUCCAUGAUUCUGCAAAGUCCCGCUUUCUGUGAAGAAUUGGAGUCAAUGAUACAGGAACAGUUCAAGAAGGGGAAGAAUCCCACAGGCCUGUUGGCAUUGCAGCAGAUUGCAGAUUUCAUGACCACAAAUGUACCCAAUGUCUACCCGGCAGCUCCACAGGGGGGAAUGGCAGCCUUGAACAUGAGUCUUGGUAUAGUGACUCCUGUGAAUGACCUGAGAGGGUCUGAUUCUAUUGCCUAUGACAAAGGGGAGAAGUUACUGCGGUGUAAACUGGCAGCGUUUUAUAGACUAGCGGAUCUCUUUGGAUGGUCUCAGCUUAUCUACAAUCACAUCACAGCCAGGGUGAGCUCUGAGCAGGAGCAUUUCCUCAUCGUACCUUUUGGACUUCUCUACAGUGAAGUGACUGCAUCCAGUUUGGUUAAAGUCAAUCUACAAGGAGACAUAGUAGAUCGUGGGAGCACUAAUCUGGGAGUGAACCAGGCUGGCUUCACGUUGCAUUCCGCCAUUUAUGCCGCACGCCCGGACGUGAGGUGUGUCGUGCACAUUCACACACCGGCCGGCGCUGCGGUCUCUGUGAUGAAGUGUGGCCUCUUGCCCAUCUCCCUGGAGGCAUUUUCCCUUGGAGAAGUGGCAUACCACGAUUAUCAUGGGAUUCUGGUCGAUAAGGAAGAAAAAAUUUUAAUUCAGAAAAAUCUGGGGCCUAAAAGCAAGGUUCUUAUUCUCCGGAAUCACGGUCUUGUGUCCGUUGGAGAGAGCAUUGAGGAGGCCUUCUAUUAUAUCCACAACCUUGUGGUUGCAUGUGAGAUCCAGGUUCGAACUCUGGCGAGUGCGGGAGGGCCAGACAAUUUAGUCCUCCUGGAUCCUGGAAAGUACAAAGCCAAGUCCCGGGCCCCUGGGUCCCCGGCAGGGGAAGGCAGCGGAUCACCGCCCAAGUGGCAGAUUGGUGAGCAGGAGUUUGAAGCCCUGAUGCGGAUGCUGGAUAAUCUGGGUUAUAGAACUGGCUACCCUUACCGAUACCCUGCUCUGAGAGAGAAAUCUAAAAAAUACAGCGAUGUGGAGGUUCCUGCCAGUGUCACAGGUUACUCCUUUGCUAGUGACGGUGAUUCGGGCAUGUGCUCCCCUCUCAGACACAGCUUUCAGAAGCAGCAGCGAGAGAAGGCAAGGUGGCUGAACUCGGGCCAGGGCGACGACGCGUCUGAGGAGGGGCAGAGCGGCGGGAGCCCCAAGGCGAAGACUAAGUGGACUAAAGAGGAUGGACACAGAACUUCCACCUCUGCUGUCCCUAACCUGUUUGUUCCAUUGAACACUAACCCAAGAGAGGUCCAGGAGAUGAGGAACAAGAUUCGAGAGCAGAACUUGCAGGUCAUUAAGACGGCUGGCCCCCAGUCCCAGGUGUUGUCCGGUGUGGUGAUGGACAGGAGCCUUGUCCAGGGCAGGCUAGUGACGGCCUCCAAGGCCAUCAUUGAGAAGGAAUACCAGCCGCACGUCAUCGUGAGCACCACCGGCCCCAACCCCUUCAACACGCUCACGGACCGCGAGCUGGAGGAGUACCGCAGGGAGGUGGAGCGCAAGCAGAAGGGCCCCGAAGAGAAUCUGGACGAGCCGAGAGAAGAGCAAGAGAAGAGCCCUCCGGAGCCACACACACCUCCCAGCUUCCCUGUCAAGCUGGAGGAAGACCUGCCGUGGGAGCCGCCCUCCGGAGAUGACAGUGACGCCGCCACCUUCAAGCCGACUCUGCCCUACCUGUCCCCCGAUGAGCCUUCAGAAGCGCUUGGCUUCCCAACGUUGGAGAAGGAAGAGGAGGGGCUGGGUGAAGCCGGGGGCCCUCCAAGCCCCACUGGGUCCCCCACCAGGUCCCCCCUGGCGGCCAGCCCCGAGCCAGCCCCAGCCCAGGCAGCUGAGGAGGCCGCCUCCCCAGCGGCCGAGGACCCUGGCAGUGAUGGGUCUCCGGGCAAGUCCCCGUCCAAAAAGAAGAAAUUGCGCACCCCUUCCUUCCUGAAGAAGAGCAAGAAGAGGACCGACUCCUGA